AUGGCGGGGGACAUGAGGGUCCAGCUGCAGGCGUUGCUGGACGACAAGGAGAAGCAGUUGAACCUCGCUGGCACCCUCGGCCAGCGCAUCCUCGCCCAACAACUCGAACUUGAAGAGCGAAUAAACCAGCUUGUCGAUGCCGAGGAACGCUUACAAAGCAGCCCCGAGGAUGGCGAUUCAGAAAUGCGCACCAAGCUUCAAGAGUUGGCCGACGUGAUGCAAGGCUGGGAGACUGAAAACGAACGAAUGUUUAGUAGUUUCGGCACAAAGUUGAACGGGGGUGCUGGCAUGCCACCGUCACCAGAUAUGUCGUCGAUGGGCGAGUUUGGUACGCGAACAGACGAGGGUUCAACAAGUAUGCGCUCCAAUGGCCCAUCGGCGGCGCAGUCAAGUCGACGUGCAAAGAAUGCGGCACAUCGCGCAAACGACGUCGAAUUCGCAUUUGAGAUUGGAAGCAGUUUGCUCGUCGAAGUCCGGCGUCUUCAAGCAUUACUGGCGGAGCGCGACAAACUAAUUCAAGACAUGAAAGAGGAGAAAGAUGAUCUUGAGAGAGCUGUCGAGUCCUUGCGAAUAAGCUUACGCGAACAAGAGAGCACCACCGAUAAAUUCAAGGAGGAAAACUGGAAUCUCGAGGUUCAGUUGCAGGAAGUCAGGAGCACUCUCAACAAUGCCCAGGCAUCUUCAUCGCGUCUGGAAAGUGAGCAGAAGCGGAUGGCCAAGCAGCUUUCUUCAGUUCGCGAAACGUCCGAUGGCUACAAAACUGAAGUGGGCCGCCUUUCCGAUCUUCUGGAAGAACUACGCGCAAAGCACGAGACCGAUAUUGCCCAAAUGCGAAAGAACAAUGCGGGUCUGCAACGCGACAAGUCCGAUCUUCAGGCUUCGCUAGACGCCCUCAAGGCUGAUAUGGCUCAGCGUGAGCGUGCUUCGAUUCGCUUCGGUUCCCCUGCGACUCCAAGUAUGAUAUCUCGCUCGGCCAUAGACGAGGAGGAUAUAUUUAGCACGGGCGGCGCGUCUUCCAGGCGACAUCUCGACGUCAGCGCAAUCUACUCUCAGGGGCCUGGAGGAGACUCUUUGCACGCUGAGCUAGACGAGUCACCACCCGCAUCACCCACUCGAUCUACACGCGUUGGUCCAUCUCACCCUUCCAAUGAACUUGAAUCCACCAAGCAAAGCCUUGUCCAUGCUCAGCGGCAGAUUUCUACUCUCAAGUCCGCAGUGCAACGGGAGAAAGAGCUCAAUCGCGAUAUGAAGAAGCGACUUACGGACCACCUUCGUACCAACACAGAGGGCGAAUGGGACGACGAUGAAGACCCGGAAGAAAGCACGGACGUUAUACUCGAUGAGCCCGGCCAGCACAGUCUUCCGCGUAUUACCCCUGCUCGUAUUCGGGGACGAGGGCGAGGACGAGGGCGUGGCGCUGCUCCUCGCGCCGUUGGUGGCAGUCGUGUUACAUCGUUAGCUCAGAAGUUCGGACUUGCCUCCGGCAGCAAUCGUCGCAGCUCACUUACCCCCUCAGAUGGAGAAGAGAGUGUUGCUACUAUCGGCGACGAGUCAGAGAUAGGCCCUCAAGAAGACCUGACAUCACCAUUUGUGGAUUCCACCCGGACUUCGAUGGAUGGUAUGGACCCCGAAUUUGCCAAUGUUUUCCGCAAUGCUCGUCCUCGCGAUGGGUCAAUUGACUCGCUGAGUGUGCGCAAGAAUGACCAGUCAUUUGGGUCACAAUCAUCUCGAGGCAGUGGCCGUCGUGGUCGCGGUAGCGGACGCAGGGUUGUCUCCCGACCAACCUCGAUCGUGGGCGCUCUCGCGGGAGAACUUGCCGGCGAAGGUUUCUCAAUGGCUGCCGAAGACCCCGUAUCCACUUCGGCAUCGCUCCAAGCCGACCUCGGACUGGUAUCUCCUGCUGCAAGCCCAUCGCGCUCGGUAUUCCGAUUAGGCCAAAUACCUGUGUCUCAGGUUGAAGAAGUUGACGUCGAAGUUCGUGAGAUCGAUACUCAGACCGACCCUACGGAACCUGAAGUACGGGAGAUCGAGGUUAUUCGCGAAGUCAAGGUUCCUGUCGAAGUCAUUCGCGAAAUCGAGGUCGUGAAGGAAGUCCCCGUCGAAAUCAUCAAGGAGGUUAUCAAGGAGGUCCAGGUGCCAGUGGAGGUCAUCAAAGAGGUCGAGGUUGUAAAGGAAGUCCCCGUUGAAAUCAUCCGAGAAGUGAUCAAGGAGGUACCAGUUGAAAUCACCAAGGAAGUGAUCAAGGAAGUGAUCAAGGAGGUGCCUGUUGAGGUCAUCAAGGAGGUCGAGGUCGUCAAAGAAGUCGAGGUCAUCCGAGAGACCCCCGUUGAUGUAGUCAAAGAAGUCCAAGUCGAGCGCGUCAAGGAGGUUCCUGUCGAGGUCGUCAAGGAAGUCGAGGUCGUCCGUGAGGUCGAAGUCAUCAAGGAGGUGGAGGUCAUCAAAGAAGUCGAGGUCAUCAAAGAGGUGGAGGUCAUCAAGGAGGUUGAAGUCAUCAAGGAGGUGCCGACGAUUGUGUACCAAGAGAAGGAGGUUCCCAAGAUUGUGUACCAGGACAGGGAGGUCAUCAAGGAGAUUGAAGUCAUUAAGGAGCCCGAGCCCGAGCCCGAGCUCAAGCCCGACACUGCCGAGUUGGCAACCCAGACCGAGCCUGAACCCGGACCCAUUCCUAUUCCUGCCCCUUCGACCACCGAAUCUUCGACCCAAACUCAACUUGCCACUUCCGAAAUGGGGGUUACCGCAGCUGCAGGUUCUACCAAUGUCAGCACACAGACCCAUGCAGUCCUUAUGGCCGAAAUGGAAGUUCAAGUCGACGAAGAGAUUGGUACCCCUAUUGCAACGGCGUCUGUUCCCCUCGUCAAUGGAGCUGCGCUACUCACCACUCCCCCGCGAAACGUCAACCCAGGAGCCUUCGACGACAUUACUCCUACUCCAAACGCACUCCGCGCCGGUGCUCAACUCGGUCUUGCACCUGUUCAAACACGCGACUCGUUCUUGCAAGCUCGUGGCCCCUUCCUCCGACCACGAGAUGAGGACGUACGCACGGUUACAGAAACUCCUACUGAUGGCGAAUGGGAGGACGCUAGGGAGAGCAUGACUACCCCUUCAGGCCUCACUGAUUUCCACUCAAUGGCUUCCACUAUCAACAUUGGGUUCCAGUCCGAUGAAGAUGACCAAAGCAUUCGUGCUGGUCGUGUUGGAACUUACGGCCAUAGGUGGUCGCUUCAACCCCAACCCCAGACCCGAGAGUUCGAUUCCAAGUCUAUCGACGCAGCCCAACCUUCUAGCCCUACUCUCAAACCCACAAUGCGAGAGAUGUCGACCCAGACCGACACACCUGCACCACACACUCCCGGUGGCCCUGCUGUUGGAUUCACUAGGAUUGGUACCCCAUCGCAGUUCAAGUACAUCCCGUCUGCUACGUCUACGCCCUCAGAGGUCGCCAUGGGCAAGCGUCCUGCUACCGCCCCGCGCGAAAGCUCAGAUAUCUUUGCUCGCCAGCGUGACGACAGACGGUCGAUCGACUCGGACGUAUCCAGCAUGCGCUCCAUGUCAAGUCCUAAGAAUCGCCCUUCGAUCUCAUCUGUAGGACCGAUUGUUCAGGUAGAUCGUACCCGCCCACCAACGAUGAUGUUACCACCUCCACCUCCCAUGCCACCCCCAUCAAUGCCAUCCCAAUCCAUGCGACGAACCGCAAGCACCAUCGUCCCUCCUCCUCGCCCGACUUCUCCUCCUCCCGCCGAACUUCUUCAGCGUGCAACCACCCCUACCUUUGGCCCUGGCUCGUCUUUGCUUGUCCCACAACGUACUCUUGGUCGCCAACAGGGCUCUGGUAUGUCGCCUGUAGGUGGAUUGCGCCAACCCGCAUCAACUAGUAGCUUCCGCUCCGCAUCCAAUACUCGCCCCGCUGCAAUUGCAGCCGGUGCAUCCAUGGCUUCUAGUUCGUCGCGCCGAAUGUCUGUGUCCUCUGAUCGCUCUAGUGAGCAGCAGCACGCUCGUUUGGCUCUUGCCGACCCAACCCAUCCUCAAGGAAAUGGGACAACCGAUCCUACUAUCAUUCACGCUAUCACUCAGACUAUGAUCGGCGAGUUCUUAUUCAAGUACACCCGCAAGGUGGUCGGAAAAGGGCACGGCGAGAAGCGUCACAAGCGAUUCUUCUGGAUUCACCCAUACACCAAGACAUUAUACUGGAGCGAUGCGGAUCCUGGUUCGAACGGAGUUUCGGAAUCAAGUGCUAAGAGUGCCUAUAUUGAUUCGGUCAAGUCUGUCCUGGAUCCCAACCCCGUUCCCCCUGGCAUCUACCAAUAUAGUAUCAUUGUAUCAACACCUCAGCGCGAAAUGAAGUUCACUGCCCCGACCAAGGAGCGCCACGAUAUUUGGUUCAGUGCUCUCAACUACCUACUUGCCCGACCAAGUACCGUUGCUCUAUCUCCCGAGACCUCUGCCAAUCGCUCUCGCUUUGGAUCCACGACCCCUGGUGGACCCUCUGGCCCGGCUGACGAAAUUCGCCAGCAAAUCAUGUCCAGCCCCAGGAGUGCCCGCACAACGGCGUCUAACCCUUACCAUGAGGGAUGGAAUACCACUCCUAAGGCAUUCCGCAGCCAAAGUCAGAUGUCUGUCGGAUCUGUAGGCAAGCGUGCUGGCACCCCAGCUGCAGAGUACAUGAGGUGGAAUCCUCCAGAGGCGCAAAGCCCGACCAAGUCUACGCGCGCGUACCAACAGCAGUCAGCUGACGACAGCAUGGACUUCGAGAACGCUGAGUAUGACGAGCACGAUGACGGGUUUGUGCCAACCGAACCUGAGCCUGGGUUUGAAGGGCUGGAGAACGUUCGAGCUUGCUGUGAUGGUGCCCAUGAUAUUGGUAGUCUUAUCCGUCACCCUGGGCAGAAGAGCCAUCACCACCAUCACCACCAAACUCGAAACCUUGAUGUUGACCGUUCGACCUCGCCCCGCCCCGCUUCGCCUGCGUUUUCAUUCCGAUCGCGGGCGAGUUCUCGGUCACAUGGGGAUGGAGCCAGUAUAUUUUCAUGGGGAGGUGAGAAUGGCGAGAAGAAACUCAGUCUGAGAUUCGGGUCCAAGCGCUCUAAAUCAAAACGACCGAUGUCACCUCAGCCCUCCGAGCGCCGAUAA